GGCGGCUGGACCGCAGCUGUGACACGGGGGCCUUCGAGCUCAUCUACAAACAGGUGGGCCGUCACCUGCUCUGAUGGGGGCUGCCAUUUCUGCCCCACAUGGAGGACCAUGAACACGGUGUCAUCUGUCAGGGAUUGGAAAUAGUCUUCUGUCUCUACAGUUGUGCCAUCUUCCUCCAGCACCAAGAAGAAAGGCUUGUCUGCCAACAUCAGGGUAUCCUGGACCUGGAGAGUAAGGAGGAAGCCACGGGACGACGUGGAGAGUCCCCGGAGAGAAUGGAGCCUCAUCAGCAUCGGAAACCACAGGAAACCAGGAGGUGCAGCCAUGUUCUGGAUACCCUGACCCCUCGGAAGCCCAUGGGGAGCCCCGGACUGGCAGCCCUGCUCCUGCCUCUCGUCCAGCUCUUUGUUGGCCUGUCUGCCUCUGCUGGUAUUGCCUGCCCCUACCUUCCCAGCUGGAGCACCCUCUGUCUGCUGGCCUCCCACAUGGAUGACAGUUUCACUGGAAGGUCUGCCCAGAUUCCUCACUAUACUCUAUCGGCCUUUCCCCCGUCCCCAAAGCCUUGGUGUGCUUGGCUCUGCCACUGUCCCUGCUGUUGGUGCCUGCAUCUGGUGUCAGAUCCUUCGGGUCUUCAGUGGGGCUGGCUCCACCUCCUGGUGCAGAAAUCCAAAAAGGCUUACAAGUUCCGGUUCUGUAGGAGGCACACGAUGCCAGCAUCUGCUCAGAGGAAGCUGCUAAGUAGCCGUUGCCUGUCUGAGAAGGGCCAUCACAUCUCCGUCCCCUCCCCAGACACCUCCCACAAGGGGCUGCGUUCCAAAAGAACCCAACCUGCAGAUCCAGAGAAAGGGGAAGUUCUCUCCAAACGUGGCUCACAAAGGCUUGGAGGGCCUGAGUUCUCCUUUGACUUGCUGCCUGAGGCACGGGUUAUUCAAGUGACCGUUCCUCCAGGCCCUGAGGUCAGUGUGCGUCUUUGCCACCAGUGGGCACUGGAGUGUGAGGAGCUGAGCCGUCCCUUUGAUGCCCAGAAAAUUGUGUCUGGGGGCUGCACUGUAGACCUGCCUUAUGAAUUCCUUCUGCCCUGUCUGUGCAUCGAGGUGUCCUACCUGCAAGAAGACACCGUGAGGCACAAAAAAUGUCCCUUCCAGAGCUGGCCCGAAGCCUAUGGCUCGGACUUCUGGGAGUCGGUGAACUUUACUGACCACAGCCAGCACAGUCAGAUGGUCAUGGCCCUGACACUCCGGUGCCCACUGAAGCUGGACGCCUCCCUCUGCCAGAGGCGGGGCUGGCACACCCUCUGCGAAGACGUCCCCAAUGCCACGGCUCGAGAGUCAGAGGGGUGGUAUGUCUUAGAGAAGGUGGACUUGCACCCCCAGCUCUGCUUCAAGUUCUCUUUUGGAAACAGCAGCCACGUUGAAUGCCCUCACCAGACAUUCGCCCCAUCCUGGAACGUGAGCAUGGAUACCCAGGCCCAGCAGCUGGUCCUUCACUUCUCCUCAAGGAUGCCCGCCACCUUCAGUGCUGCCUGGAGCCGCUCAGGCUUGGGGCAGGACAGCAUGGUGCCCCCUGUGUACAGCGUCAGCCAGACUCAGGGCUCAAGCUCAGUGACACUAGACCUCAUCGUUCCCUUCCUGAGGCCAGGGGGCUGCGUCCUGGUGUGGAGGUCAGAUGUCCAGUUUGCCUGGAAGCACCUCCUGUGUCCGGAUGUCUCGCAUAGGCUCCUGGGGCUCUUGAUCCUGGCACUGCUGGCCUUCACCACCCUACUGGGUGUUGUUCUGGUGCUCACCUGCCAGCGCCCACUGUCAGGCCCAGGUCGAGCGCGGCCGGUGCUACUCCUGCACGUGGCGGACUCCGAGGCGCAGCGGCGGCUGGUGGGAGCGCUGGCUGAACUGCUGCGGGCCGCGCUGGGCAGCGGGCGCGACGUGAUCGUGGACCUGUGGGAGGGCACGCGGGUGGCGCGCGUGGGCCCGCUGCCGUGGCUCUGGGCGGCACGGGCGCGCGUGGCGCGGGAGCGGGGCACCGUGCUGCUGCUGUGGAGCUGCGGCAGCCCGAGUCCCGCCGGCGGCCCGGAUGCCCGCGCCGCGCCCCUGCGCGCCCUGCUCCGUGCCGCCCCGCGCCCGCCGCCGCUGCUCGCUUACUUCAGUCGCCUCUGCGCCAAAGGCGAUAUUCCUCCGCCCCUGCGCGCCCUGCCCCGCUACCGCCUGCUGCAAGACCUGCCGCGCCUGCUGCGGGCGCUGGACGCGCGGACUUCCACCCAAGCCACCAGCUGGGGCCGCCUUGCGGCCCGGCCGUGCCUGCGGGGUCGCGUGGAGCUGUGCCGCCAGCUGGAACGCGAGGCCGCCAAACUUGCCGAUCAAGGCUGAGCAGAGCUCACCGCAGUCCAGAUGACUGUGGCCGCAGGCCUAGGGGCACUGGCUGGAAGCCCCAAUGAGGCUUCUACCCUGGAAUCGUUGGAUGCCUCCUAGGGCCCACUGGCCUCGAAGCCUUACGCUGCCUCCCAGCCCGGGAGCGGGGCAUCACACGCACUGUCCCCGCCCGUUCCCCACAUUCCCCCAGGGUCCAGUCUCUUCCUCAUGCUUAUGCUCGAGGGUUCUCUCCCUCAGAGCCCCCAGGGAGAGUCACUCUUUCCUGAGAACUCCUCUGACCUCAGUGCUGUUGUGAGUGGGGGAUCGUCCCACUUCCUCUCCGAAAUUCCAGAGAAUAGUCUGCACGUGCUCCAGUCCAGGCCAGAGAGGUUGGGACAGGGGUUGGGGAGGCGGGAGCUAUGGCAGCUCUGAGUGGGAGGCGGCUUCAGAGGGGGUGAGGGGACAGAAAACCCCUUUGGGAGCCAGGGAUCCCCCUUUUCCAGACCGGGGCCCUGCCCAGAGUGGGAAGAAGGGAGGGAGGGAGGGCUCUGGACCCAAGGAAGGAGGCUUUGGCCCUGGGUGAUGGGGGCAAAGGUGGGACAGUGGAGAUUGAGAUAGAGAAAGUUGAAUAAAGGUGAACAUGAUGGGUAAACUAAGAAACACAAGGUGCUUUUCCAGUGUGCCCAGGCUGCUGAGUUGGGGGAAGGGUCAGCAAGACCCUGCCUGGCGGUUGUUACGCAUCAUUUUCUGGGCCCAAAUCCAUGUCUGUCAUAUUCUCACAAGCAAUGUCUCCCUGGAAAUGUCCUUGAUCCUUACUGUGAUUCUUCAGAGAGAAGAGAGGAAAACACAGCUUCAGAAAGGUGGUGUGGGUCCACAGUCACGCAGCCAGCCCAUGGCAACAGCACAAACAGGACCCUGUCUUCCUGGCUCUGGGUCCUGCGUCCCAUCCCCCCCUCCCCCUCACUUGAACCUAGGCCAGGAAGUGGUGAAAAGCUCACGUUAUGGUGCCCCUUGUCCCUGUCUUUAGAGUUCCUGUCCCACAAUGAGGCCCAAGGGGAAUGUCUGAAGGGACCUGGGGUGGCCAGUAAGAGGGGCCCCGUGGACACCAAGAUCCCAGAGUCACAUGGGAAGUGCAAAUGCCCCAGGAUUGCCUAGGGCCUCGGGUGUCUCGAUGGAGCAUUCCUCCUUAGGGACUCCCAGAGUGAGUAAGAGCUCCCUUACUCAGCCAUUAGGCCACCAGCCUCUCCAGGGGCCCCUCCCAGCCAGGUGUCAGCAGAAAAG